GGUGCUAGGGGACUUUUUUGGUGGAGAAAGUAGGCGGACCGACUGAAUUCAGUUACUGAAACUUGAGUGUGCCUACACGUGCUGCUCUGUAUGCAUGUGAAACAACCUACCUUUAAAAUUGUUGAUUCAGAGCCUCAUCUUGGGUUAUUCAUUUAUUUGUUGUUUGGGAAACAAAUGUAACUUUUCCUCAUGCUUCUGUAAAGUAUGUCUUGAGCAGCGAGGUCUCUAUACACGCUGGGGCCUUAAGAUGGAGUCAGCCUCUUUGUACCCCACAAAAUGAUGUUGCACAUUCUGCACUACCCAUUUACUACUCAUAGCUGCAAUUUUCCAUCAUUCAACUUCCAAGAGGAGAAGGACGAAAAUAUGAAUAAAAGUGACACUGAGGACACCUUUUCAGACUCCAGGCUAGCCCCUGAAGCAACCAGCACCAGGCUUCCAGCUGAUCACACGUUGCCUAGGAACAAACCCUCUCACAGCAGAUUGGUUGCUCAUGCCGACUCCUGCAGUAGCAUGAGCAGUGAUGGCCAGUCCAGCUACAGCCCUUACCAGCCUCCCUUGGGUCUCCCAUCAGGUUACAGUCCCAAGACACCCUUUCCCAGCCAGGUGGAGGGUUGUUUCAGUACCCUAGAGCCCCACAAUGAGGACUGGCUCCAGUCGCGCUCAUACAACAGCUCAGUGGGGGGAUACUCCAGUGGCAGCCAUCUGUCCUGCCUGGUGUCAGGAGAUUACUGCACUUACCGGAGUGAAACCUGCUGCUCUCCCUCUUUGUCAGAGAAUCACAGUCCAGGUGUGAGCAGUUUGGAGCAACCCCACUCUCUGCACUCUAUCCCUACAACUUUAGCCCAGCAUGGCUUCUACCUGGCCCCGUGCUCAUGCUCCUCACAUGGGCCACCAUGCAGUAGGCCAGACCAACAACAUGCUUACUGGGAUAAUCCACAUGCCCUAUCAUACCACAUGCCAUGGUCUUCAUGUCCCAAGAACAGUAAGCAGUCAGAUCAAGAAUUUAUUCAUAGGCACUCUUUUCACCCUCAGCCAAGGAGCACAAGCAUAACACCACUCUCCUUAGAGCAGCGCAAAGUAUUUGUCACUUAUGAAGCAGACUGUGAUAAACAUGUUAAAGAGGUCAUCAAUUUUGUGGCACUGCUGAGACACAAUGGCUUCUAUACUCAUAUUGACAUGUUUGAACAACAGUUCAGGAGUAUAAAUAAGAUUGACUUCAUGGAGCGGUACAUUACUGAGAAAGACUACCUGAUCAUUAUCAUCAUCAGUCCAAAAUACUAUGAGAUUGUUACCAGAGCCUCUUUAUACAUGGAAAAUGAUGAAACCCUCAACACUGUCUACAUACAUAAACAGUUACAGAAUGAAUUCAUUCAAAAUGGGUGCAAGAAUUUCAGAUUUGUUCCUGUACUGUUUCCUGGGGCCAAGAAAUGCCAUGUUCCCUCAUGGCUUCAGAACACACACAUCUUCAGCUGGCCCAGGGACAGAGAUGACAUACUGCGUCGGCUUAUGCGAGUUGAAAAGUACAACCCUCCUCCCAUAGGACAGCUGCCCACCAUCGUCUCCAUCCCAAUAUAGCAAGGCUCUCCUGUGUUUGUAUUGCUUGUAAGUGCUCUUCCUUGAGGCUUGGUGGUGGACAAUUAUGUCUGUGUUCUGUGCCUGCUAUGAGUGGUUAUAAACCCAGUAGAGGACUAUUUACUAAUUUGAGCUCUUAUUUUUAGAACAUUUUGUCACCUCCUGGCAAAUAUGCAAAGGAAGUUGUGUGUAAAUUUAACUUGUUGUCUCAACACUCCUAAAUACUUUUUUUGUUUGUUGAUGAUUGUUCAUUAUUUAUCUUAGAUCCAGUCAAAAUGCAUAAGAUUCAACAUAAACAAUUAUUUGAGUCCUAAGAGUUUUUGUAUUUUAAAAAAUACUGUAGGUUUAUUUUAUUUUAUCUUUUUUUAUAAAUGCCUACUGUGUCUCAGGAGUCUUCUCUGCUUCUUUUCCCACAUCCUGACUGAUAGCAUCUUGUAAUGCUAAACAAAAAACAGUGUCAGAGAAACCAUGGUAAUUACUGUCCAGAUUAUGAGUGAAUCUCCUAAGUUUCAGUUCUCACACAAAGGCAGUACAUAGGGGAGUAGGAAAUGAUGUCAUUUUCCAUAUAUGAAUUGCUGGAAGAUUUUAUGAAAGAUAGCAGCUACAUGUAUUCAACUGUAUUGAAACUAAAGAAAGCCUUUUUAUAUACAUAUGGAUAUAUUUUUUUUAUAUAAAGUGUAAUUAAAAAUCUUGAAAAACCCUGAA